UGGCGGGGAGACCAGCUGUCCUCCCAGCUCUACAGAAACAAGCAGCUUCAAGAUACUUUGCUUCAGAAGGAAGAGGAACUUGCUAGGUUACAUGAAGAAAAUAAUAACCUCCGACAAUACCUGAAUUCUGCCCUGAUUAAGUGUUUAGAAGAAAAAGCCAAGAAACUGCUAUCCUGCCAUGGCCAAAAAACCUGUGCUAUUCUCAAAAGCACCAAGAGAAGAUUAAAAGAGGACCACUGCUUUGUUCCUCAAGAAACUCCUCAUGCAUCCAAAGCUAGAAGGAACCUCUUUAAUGAAUUCACUGCCUGUGAAGGACAAGCCAGCCCUGCUGUGGACAGCUGGGUCUUGCAGACUUUAGGAUUAAAAGAUGUCAACACCAUUGAUGAAACUUCAGCUAACUACAGUGCCCUGUCCUCAGACCUUGGAAAAGACACAUACUGCCUGAGCCCUGGCGAAGCAAUAGACUAUGGCCACAGUGAAGGAGUGGCAGCAGUAUAUAGCUGCAGCCACAUGCCUCCAGCUAACAGCAGUACCCAUCCAUGCAGUGAGGACUCUCCCUUCCUUCCUCAGUUUUCUUCAGCACCAUGUGUCUCCUCAUCAGUGCCAAGCGUUUCCUCCCUCCCAGCCUAUGGGUUGCCUUAUUUGACUGGCAGUUUGUCACCCAACAAAACAGAAGUGGCCUUCACAACAUCUCUAAGUCCUCACCGCAACGUGAGAACGCACACCUUCCACCAAGGACAAGCCUUUGUGCGCAGGGAUGAUGAUGGAGGAUGGAGAUUCACCUGGGUGCCCAAGCAGGCUGAAUAA